AUAUUAUACACUAUAAUAAUAUAUUAGAAAAUAAUAUAGGAAUGUUUAUUGUGUAGAUUUGUGUUUGAUCAAUUGAUUAAAGCAUUGGAAAAAAUAUAUGAAAUAUUUCGUAAAUAAAUUCUUCAAUAUUAUAGAAAAACAAAAAGCUUUGUGAAUGUUUAUUUUAUCAAUGAAUUGUUAGGAUACAAUAUUUUAGUCGAUCUUUAUUUCGAGUGAAACAUAAUUUAGUAUACACAUAAUAUACAUACAUAUAUAAAAAAUAUUAAUUUUGGUGCCAAAUUGAUUUUGGAUAUGGACAAUAUCUCUGAGCCAGAAUUUUAUGAAUACCUAAGCGAAUACAGAUUACAAUCAAAUAAUGAACCAAUUAGUCAUUACGAAGAGGGAGAACUUGAAGCUCAAUGGCUUGUAUCUGCUGGAUUUCCAGAACUUACUAAACCUUUUGAACAUGGACUUGAAAUUCAAAAUUCAGAUAUAGAACCUUUGCUACAUGGACUACCAAAACCUCAUGCCGAAGCUGUAAAACAAAGAGUUCGAGCUCUUAAUAGAACUGUAAGAGGAAGAACAAAAAGUCGAUAUAAACGAAAGCCAGACAUAAGAGAUGUUUUUAGGGAUUUUGAUGAUUCUAGUACUGGAACUCGAUCAAGAAGUGCUACUCCAGAUUCAUUAGAUUCCAUUCAUGGUGAUGGAGAUAAUAACCAUGAGCAUGAAUCAUGGAAUAAUACAGCAAUACCACCAUUUGUAAGUAUAUUUGAUCCGAAUUCUCCUUCAACGCCAUCAUCUCAUAUAAAAAGCAAACAAAAAUUGAGAAGAGUACCUAGUGCACCAUUACGUGGUUCAUCAGAAUUAUUCCGUGGCUCACAUGUCCGUUGUGAUAUUCCAUCAUUUUAUACUGAUGAUGGUAUUGAAUUACUAGGUUUUUCCAGAAUUGGUACAAUUCAUAUACCUAGAGUAAGAUCUGGUUCAGAUCCUGAAUGCUCUGUUGGACAUGCUCGAGGAACUUUAAUAAAGAGUGCUCAUAGCGCUAACAAUAUAUCAAUAGAUCAUAAUAGUUCAAGCAGUGAUGAAUAUUUAGGUGGCUCUCCACCAUUGGAAUCAAAAUUAUCAAAUAGUGCUACUAGUUCACCUCAUAAAAUUUUAAAUGUUAGAAAAUCAUUAAAUUCACCAUCAGCAAGUGCUGGAAAUUCACCAGUUAGAGUGAAAGGAAUUAGUUUUGAGAAUAUGUGCCGCGAAACUAGUCAGAAAAACGAAAAAAGCGAGGAUAUUGUUGAUUGCCCCAUUAUUAAAGAACAAUCUUUUGAUGUUGAUACAAUAAAUGAACAAGAAUUGAAAAAACUCCAUAAAUUAUUUUGGCUUGAAUUAGCUACACUUUUUGAUAAACAUCAAGUUACCCUAGAUAAAAGGAAACCAUUUAAGAGGAGACGUAAAGAAGAAGGAAAUCUUUUUGGGGUUUCUUUGAAUGCUUUGAUAAGAAGAGAUCAGCAAAUAACAGGUGAAGAUUCAACAUUAGUUCCAUUAUUUUUACAAGGGGUGCUGGCUGAAUUAACAAAACGUGGUGCUACAGAAAAAGGAAUUCUUCGAGUUGCUGGACACAAACAGAAGACUGAAAUUCUUUACACAGAAUUGGAAUCGAUAUUCUAUCAGAAACCAGAAAAAGUUCAUAAAUUAUUGAGCGAAGCUAGUUGUCACGACUUGAGUGCACUUCUAAAAAGGUGGCUACGUGAAUUACCACAACCCUUAUUAACAUGUGAAUUAAUACAACUUUUUUAUCAAUGUAAUGCCAUAAAUUUACCGGAUCGAUAUAAAGCUUUAUCACUUGUGUGUUUGUUGCUGCCACACGAAAAUAGAAAUACUCUACGUUCAAUAUUAAAAUUCUUGAAUUAUGUCAUUGAGCGUCAGGACGCAAAUAAAAUGACAAAACAUAAUGUUGCUACAAUAAUAGCACCAUCCUUAUUUCCUCCACGAUAUAUUCAUCCAAUUGAUAAAAAUAAUAUUGAAGAACAAGUAAAAGUGGCAGCAGAAUGUUGUCAUAUGGCAAGUAUUUUGAUAACACAAUCAGAUAAUUUAUUUAUGGUGCCUAAGAAAUUAAUCGAGCAAUCAAAAUCUACAAAAGUUCGCCAGGGAAAACGUGCUGGUCACAGAAAAUUGAAGCAAACGGAAAGCUUAAAUGGAGGGAAUGAAGUCAAUCCAAAUCAUAUCCAGCGUAUUGUCUUAUAGUAUUCGAACAACAAAAUUAUUUCCUUUCAUUUUAAUUAUAUUUAGUUGUUCACUUUCAAUUAAACUUAGUUUUUGGUUUUUUUUGUUUUAUAUUUUUACAUUAUAAUUUUUAAAUUUACGCAAUUUUUUUUUAGAUAAUGAGUUUUAAUUUUGAAACAUUCUUACUUUAUGUGCAUUAACUAGAAAAAUUUUAAAGAAGGAAACUUAAAAUUAUUAUUUCCAUUUCUUUUAUAUUAUGUAACGAAGCAAAUUAUAGUAGCAAAAGUCACAAACAAAUUGUACUACAUUCAAUUUAUUUGAAUAUUUUAUAUAAAAAUAUUUUGUCAUACUUUAAAA